UUCCCAAUACCAACAUCCCAAAAUAAAAAAGCUCCAUUUUAAUUUUCUUUUGAAAAAGGAUCCUCCUUGACAUCAGCGAGGACUGGAGACGCCGUCGUUUUGAACGCCGGCGACUCCACCACACGCCUCGUGCAUUAUAGAAAGAGAAACGCGUUAAACCAUGAAACGAGGCUUCAGCUUUUCCUUGCCUGUAACGGUUGUCGUUUCCUCCAUCGCCUUUGUUUAUUUUUGUACGGUCUUUGUUUUUAUUGACAGGUGGUUCGGUCUAAUGACCUCUCCUGGUAUUAUGAACGCCUUCGCUUUCACCGGCGUUUCCUUCAUGUGCGUGCUAAAUUACGCCCUUGCAAUCAUCAUGGAUCCAGGGCGGGUCCCGUCUACAUUCUUACCCAACAUUGAAGAUUCCAGUGUUACCGUCCAUGAGAUCAAACGCAAGGGAGGAGACUUGAGAUAUUGCCAAAAGUGUUCUCACUUUAAACCUCCUCGUGCACAUCAUUGUCGUGUUUGCAAGACAUGCGUUCUAAGAAUGGAUCACCAUUGCAUUUGGAUAAAUAAUUGUGUCGGACAUUCCAACUACAAGGUCUUCUUCGUCUUUGUUGUAUAUACCGUGAUUGCUUGCAUCUAUUCUCUGGUUUUACUUGUGGGUAGUCUAACUAAUGAUUCCCAAAGAGAUGAGGAGCAAAGUGCAGACUCUUUGAGAAUCGUAUAUGUUAUUUCCGGACUGUUGCUAGUCCCCUUGAGUAUGGCUUUAAGUGUUCUCUUGGGUUGGCAUAUCUACCUGAUUUUGCAAAAUAAGACCACUAUUGAGUAUCAUGAAGGGGUCAGAGCCACGGGACUUGAAGAUAAAUUAGGGAAUGCCUAUAAGCAUCCGUAUGAUCUUGGUGCCUACCGAAAUCUAGUAACGGUAUUGGGUCCAAGGAUAUUGUGCUGGAUAUGCCCCACAUCAAAGCACAUAGGCAAUGGUCUCCGCUUUCGAGCAGCCUAUGAUGAAUGCUCGAGCGAUUGAUGAAUGCUUAUGUCCCCUGUUUAUUAAGUUGCAGUAGUCCAGGCUAAGAGCUCCAUUGUCGCUUUCUGUCAACGGUGGGAAUGGAGGAGGAUCCUGGUCAAUUAGAAGUAGGAUUAACGGGGUUUACACAUAGGUUUUUGUACUUUGACACCUUACCUUGUCCAUAAAGAGUGUAGAAGUGAUCAUGCAAAUGAACAUACACCAAAGUGUACCAAUCAUGCAAAAUGAUUUGCAGGAGCUCUUCUAAAUAAAUACAAAGUUCUUUCAUUCCUUCCAAAUC